AUGCCACCUGUCCCGAAGCGUGGUCUCGCCUUCGACUUCUCUGGCAGAAGCAUCAUAGUGACCGGGGGGAAUCGUGGAAUUGGCCGUGCGAUCACGGAGGCGUGCGCGGGUGCCGGGGCACGCGUCGCGAUCAUCUACAGAGGCUCGAAGGACGCGGUAGACGUGGCGAAGCAGAUAGCCAAGGAGAACGGGGUGGAAGUAAAGGCAUACCAAUGCGACGUCUCUGACGCCGCGCUGGUGCAGAAUACGUUCAAGAAGAUCAACGAGGAGAUGGGUCCGGUCACCGGGCUCGUCGCGAAUGCCGGCGUGUCGGUCGUGAAGCCCGCGCUCGAGAUGACGAAGGAGGACUUCGACAAGGUGUACACCGUGAACGUGCUCGGCGUGUUCAACGCCGCGCAGGCCGCCGCGCGUCUUUGGGUCGACAGCAAGUACCAGGGCGGAUCGAUGGUGAUCGUGUCUAGCAUGAGCUCGCAGAUCAUCAACCGAGUUGCACAGGGCAAGCCGCUCACACAGGUAUUCUACAACUCAUCGAAAGCGGCCGUGUCGAACCUCGUGAAGGGCCUUGCGUCCGAGUGGGCGCAGUAUAACAUCCGCGUGAACGCUGUCUGCCCAGGAUAUGUCGAUACCGACCAAACCUCCGGCAUGGAGAAGUCUGUCAGGGACCACCAGGCGGGCGGCGUGCCGCUCGGCCGGUUCGCACAUCCGCAUGAGAUGGCGCCGCAGACGCUGCUCCUGCUGUCCGACCAUGCGAGCUACAUGACCGGCCAGGAGUACUUCGUUGAUGGCGGUCAACUCGUGUAUUAG